AUGGCACCAACCAAACUAACUGCCGCCAUGAACGGCAAGCGUAAGGCAGUCGAGGAUCUGCUGACCUCGAUCAAAAGAGCCAGGCCCUCUGAGAAAUUCAGCGAUAGAUCACGGUACAAGGACUCCACGCAAGAAGAAAAACAUGGGAUCGUGUUACGCGAAUUCUAUCCUCCUGAAAUGACGAAUGAGCGCGCCAAACAAUAUGUCACAGGUGUAGUUGAACGUCCGAUCAAGACACUGGAAAAAGCAAUCAUGGAGACGAAGGAAGAUCGCGAAAAUGUCAGAGUCAGGAAUGCGGUUGUUCAUUGGUUUAAGUGUGACCUUCGGACCAGGGAUAACAAGGGUCUUCAUCUGGCAAGCGAAAAAGCGAAGAGUGCGGGUGUACCGCUAAUUGCGAUGUACCUUGUCUCGCCGCAAGACUUCCAAGCGCAUCUCACAAGCCCAGCUAGAGUUGAUUUUAUACUCCGAUCUCUGGAGGUCUUGAAGGCAGAUUUAUCCGAGCUGGACAUCCCUCUAUAUGUUGAGACCGUGGAGAAGCGCAAACAGAUCCCUCACCGGAUCGUGGAGUUGUGUGAGAAAUGGGGCGUUAGUCACAUAUUUUGCAAUACGGAGUACGAGGUGGAUGAGUUACGGCGGGAAGCAGCGUUGACCCGGAAUUGCUUGCAGAGAGGCAUCGCCUUUGCCACUGUUCCGGAUACUUGCGUUGUGAGUCCUGGUGAAUUAUCAAGUAAAGGAACUGGCAGCCAGUUUGCAGUGUAUAGUCCGUGGUUCAGAGCAUGGUGUGCGUACUUGAAUUCGCAUCAAUCAGACCUCAAUGAAUAUCCGAGGCCAGAGAAGAACCCAAUUUCAGCUCGAGAAUGUUUCAAAGAUCUCUUCGAGUGCCCAAUUCCGAGUGCUCCACCCAACAAGCAGCUGUCGGUCGAGGAGAAAAAGAGAUUUCGAAGUAUGUGGCCCCCUGGUGAGCAUGAAGCUGCGCAAAGGCUGCAGAAGUUCAUCAGCCAGAGGAUCAAUAAGUAUUCCGAAUCAAGAAACCUGCCGGCAGGGAAUAGUACUGCUGUCAUCAGCGUGCACCUUGCCUCUGGCACCUUGGCAGCCAGAACAUGCAUUGGAGAAGCGCGGAAUGCUAACACGAGCAAGAGUAUGGAUGCUGGCAAUCCCAACAUCAUGAGCUGGAUCAGUGAGAUUGCUUGGCGCGAUUUCUACAAGCAUGUCCUAGCUCAUUGGCCAUAUAUUUGCAUGAGCAAGUCCUUCAAACCAGAGUACACCGAUAUUCAUUGGGAGUACAACGCAGAACAUUUCCAAGCCUGGACAGAAGGUAAAACAGGUUAUCCUAUCGUUGAUGCAGCUAUGCGGCAGUUGAACCACACUGGCUAUAUGCACAAUCGUUGCCGGAUGAUCGUUGCCUCCUUUCUCUCCAAAGAUCUUCUCAUCGACUGGAGGAUGGGGGAGCGCUAUUUCAUGGAGCAUCUCAUCGAUGGCGACUUCGCCUCGAACAAUGGUGGAUGGGGUUUUAGCUCGAGUACGGGCGUGGAUCCGCAGCCGUAUUUCAGGAUCUUCAACCCUCUUCUGCAGAGCGAGAAGUUUGACCUGGACGGCGCGUAUAUCAAGAAGUGGGUGCCCGAGCUGCGGGACCUAAAGGGAGGGAAGAAUGGGCCAGUGCAUGAUCCAUACGGGAGAAAAGCAGAUAACGUGGCCGAAAAGAACGGAUACCCAAGGCCAGUGGUUGAACAUAAGUUUGCAAGGGAUAGGGCGUUGGCUAGAUAUAAGGAGGGUCUGGGAAGAGCUACUGCAUGA